CUACUGCUACUUAUUUUGAGAGACUGGUAGAUUUCCGGGCACACAGAGAGACCUGACGUACGAAAGAAGAGAGUCUUUGAAAAGCAGUCCAAAUAAAGAAUAGCCAUUAUGGGAAAAUUCUUGGUGACCUGCUCCAUAGCAAUUCUCUUUAUUCUUCUGCAGACUGAGGUCAUUGUCUCUGUUUCGGGAAAAAGCUCAUCCAGUAGAAGUAGUAGAAGGCCUAGCAAACCUGCACAUCAUCGACCUAGCAGACCUGUGGAACAUCGACCUAGCAAACCUGUGGAACAUCGACCUAGCAGACCUGUGGAACAUCGACCUAGCAAACCUGUACAACAUCGACCUAGCAAACCUGUACAACAUCAGCCUAGCAAACCUGUACACAACCAACCUGUACACAAUCCUGCUCCCCCACAACACAACCCUGUUUAUCCCCCAGUAAAUCCUGGUAAGCCCCCAAUCAAUCCUGGCAACCCUCCAGCACAAAACCCUGCUUAUCCUCCACGCAAUCCUGGCAACCCUCCUCCACAAAACCCUGCUUAUCCCCCACAUAAUCCUGGCAACCCUCCUCCACAAAACCCUGCUUAUCCCCCACAUAAUCCUGGCAACCCUCCUCCACAAAAUCCUGCCUACCCACCACAAAACCCUGCUUAUCCCCCACAUAAUCCUGGCAACCCUCCUCCACAAAACCCUGCCUACCCACCACAAAACCCUGCUUAUCCCCCACAUAAUCCUGCCAACCCUCCUCCACAAAAUCCUGCCUACCCACCACAAAAUCCUGGAUACCCACCACAAAACCCUGGUAACCCUGCCUACCCACCACAAAACCCUGCUUAUCCCCCACGCAAUCCUGGCAACCCUCCUCCACAAAACCCUGGAUACCCACCACAAAACCCUGGCAACCCUGUUUAUCCACCACAAAACCCAGGUUACCCACCCCACAAUCCUGGCAACCCACACAAUCCUGGUUAUCCACCACAAAACCCUGGGUACCCUCAAAACAAUCCUGGCAACCCACACAAUCCUGGUUAUCCACCACAAAACCCUGGGUACCCUCCAAACAAUCCUGGUAACCCACACAACCCUGGCUAUCCCCAACAAAAUCCCGGCUUUCCACAAAACCCUGGUUACCCUAGGCAUGGAGAAGGAGGCAGCUGGGGCAAAUAUGACAGUAAGCCAUGGAAGCCUAAGCCACCCAAGCCCAAUAUGAAACACAUGGCAGGAUCAGCUCUGGCAGGUGCUGCAGCGGGAGUCGUUGGUGGCUACCUCUUAGGCCGUGCCAUGUCCAAUAUCAAUUUUCAGUUUAACAACCGUGAUGACGAGCGCUGGUGGCAGGAAAACCGCAACCGUUACUCCGACCAGGUUUACUACCCACAGUACAACCAGCCUGUUCCGCAGGAUAUCUUUGUGAGAGACUGCACGAAUAUCACUGUGAGCGAGUAUACGGAGCCCAGCGGAAACCAAACGGCAGAUGAGAUGGAAAGCAGGGUUGUGACGCACGUGGUGCGCGAAAUGUGCAUAGAGCAGUAUCGUACCUACUCUAGCCACGCAGAAGGCGGCUUCAGACGUCCUGGGAGUAGGCCAGAGGGGCCUAUGCAGGCCGAGACGGAAGUGAAGCCUGUGGCGGAAGAAGCUAUAGCAGGUGCUGUGGCGAAAGACAGAUUGGGCAGCUCCAUGUCUAACAUGCAACUGCAUUUCAACGACAGCGAUGAGGAGCGAUGGUGGAGCGAAAACCGCAAUCGUUUUACCAAUCCCGUGUUCUACCCAAACUAUGGCCGCCCUGUUUCGAAGGAUGUCUUUGCGAGUGAUUGUGAGAACGCCACCGCAAACUAUUACACAAAGCCCACCGGAAACCAAACGGCAGAUGAGGUGGAAGCGAGGGUGGUGACGCAAGUGGUGCGGGAGAUGUGCAGGGAGCUGUACAGUGAUUUCAUCCGUCACAUGGAAGGAAGCAAAUAUGACCAGAAGCCAGAAGCGCCGAUGCCAACCAAACUCUGGCUGAAGCAUGUUCCAGAAGCAGCUAACAUUGGCCCUGGAAGCCAUGGCAACAGUGCCACGUCUCGCAUGCAUGACAACACUUUUGCCAAGUCUUCUGUGCUUUCGAUUAUUGCACUGGUCACUUCUUUCCUGAUACCUUGAGGUUGGACAGCCUCCUUAAGCUGCCAUUUUGUUGCUGAGACAGGAAAUGUCUGGAUGUAAAGAGAUGUGUUUAUAUAAAGGAAAUGUUUUGUGGAGAGUA